AUGCGGUUCUUUCUUGGUGCGGCUUUAGGCCUGAUCUCUUCCACGCUGGUCGUGGCCCAGACUUAUACGGAUUGCAAUCCGACCAAGAAAACAUGUCCCGCUGAUCCUGCCUUUGGCCAAUCUGACAAGACGUUCGAUUUCACAAGUGGUGCAUCGGAUGCUUUCAAGUCCACUGGAUCCGUCACAUAUGACUCAACGAAUGGUGCCACCUUCACUAUUUCGAAGCAGGGUGAUGGCCCGCUGAUUCAGUCCGGCUGGUACAUCAUGUUCGGCCGCGUGGAAUGCACUAUCAAGGCAGCAGCAGGCACGGGAAUCGUGAGCAGUGCAGUUCUGCAGUCCGACGAUUUAGACGAAAUUGACUGGGAGUGGCUGGGCGGAAACAACGCUCAAGUGCAAACCAAUUACUUCGGCAAAGGAGACACCACUUCAUAUAGCCGUGGCGCCUACCACGAUAAUGCCGGAAACCAUGAUGAAUUUCACACUUUCUCCAUCGACUGGACCAGCACCCAGAUUGUGUGGGCGAUUGAUGGCAAGACUGUCCGUGUUCUCACACCCGAGACGGCAGACACCAACCAGUAUCCACAGAGCCCGAUGAUGAUCAAGGUCGGUGUGUGGGCUGGCGGUGAUUCAAACAAUGCCCAGGGCACAAUUGACUGGGCUGGUGGUGAAACAGACUAUACCCAAGGCCCCUUCAAAAUGUACCUGAAGUCAAUGACCGUGACGGAUUACUCCACCGGAACUUCGUACAAAUAUGGUGACACAAGUGGCUCAUGGGAGUCAAUUGUUGCAGAAGGAGGCAAAGUCAAUGGCAACAAAGCCGCUGAGCCCACGUCGACCGAGUCCGCACCUUUAAUUACUGCGACCGUCGACAGCGUCCCAGUUCCCUGGAGUGGAACCCACAAAGAAACCACAAGCUGGGUAACCCCAAAUGUUUGGCCCUGGGUAGCGAGCGACUCUCCUUCGGCCUCGUCGACAGGAUCCCAGUAUGACUGGGAGUCUGGUUCCGGUCAAAACAAGCCACCAGGUGGAGACUCAAUGAUCUACCUUCCGCUUUAUUGGCCAUCGAGCUUUAGCUCUUCCAGAGAUAGUGGGAUGCACCUCGACGAGGUCAUGGUAAAAGUCUCCCCGGACCGACGCCAGAUGUAUGCCGACCUUAUGAAGGUUGCAACUGUGAAAACAUACAGCCAGAAGACUGAAGCAGUGGUACAACCAGCUCUAGAAAAUUUGGUCUUCCCGAAUUUACACACUUUGUACCUUGCUCUAGUCUUUCGCGGCUGGAGCACCGAAGAGAGUAUCCGUGCCCCAGCUUUAAAUAUGCCAAAUCUCCGGACACUUUAUAUCGAACGUUGGAAUGCGCCCAUCCAACUAUUUCCUCACCACUGGGACUAUCUUACUGGUCGGAUUCCGAAGCUUUUCCCAAGGUUGUUGAAUCUUCGAGUUGAGAUACCAGCCAUUAUUUAUAUUGCGGGCUUUGAGGCUCUAUCUGAAAAGUUGCCAAACUUGGAAUCUAUCGAGUUUGAGAAAAUCAUGGCCCUGUCGGAGGUGGAUGAGGAUGAGGAUUUAUUUAGUGAUUAUUCGGAUGGGGAGGACACAGAGGAGGACACAGAGGAGGACACGGAUGAGAAUUCGGGUGAGGAUUCGGAUGAGGAGGAUUCGAAUCACGAGAAUAUGGAUACGGAGGAAGCGACCUCAGAGUCCCCCUACAGUGGGCUUACCCACAGUGAGCACACAUACAGCGCGGAUACCUCCAGCGAGUACACCUACAGCGAGUCUAUCUACAACGAGUACAUCCUUGGCAAUGAUGCGGAUGACGAAAACGGGGAUGACGGGGAUAUUACUAGCGAAUAUGCAUACAGCGAGGAUAUGGGUGAGGAGUAA